UGCAGGCGGGUUCACGUGUUCCGGCGUUUGCGGGGCUCGGCUCUGGCUGGUCAUGGAGGAGGCGGCAGCCGUGCCGCAGAAGCGUUUCUACCGGCAGCGUGCGCACUCUAACCCGCUGGCGGAUCACACCUUACUGUAUCCUGCCAAGCCUGAGGAAAUGGACUGGUCUGCACUGUACCCAGAGUUCUUUGCUCCUUUAACCAAUGAUAGUUGGCACGAUGAUCCAAAGGACAUUGAAGAAAAAACCAAACCUGGAUUUCAAGUGGAGUUUGCUGAUAUUGGCUGCGGAUAUGGAGGACUGCUUGUGGCCCUGGCCCCCCUGUUCCCAAACACACUAAUGCUGGGCCUGGAGCUCCGUGUGAAGGUCUCAGAUUAUGUUUGUGACCGAAUCCAGUCACUCAGAGCCGCUCACCCUGGGCAGUUCCAGAAUAUUGCCUGCGUUCGCAGCAAUGCUAUGAAGCAUCUGCCCAACUUCUUCCGCAAGGGACAGCUCCUCAAAAUGUUCUUCCUCUUCCCUGAUCCUCAUUUCAAGAAGACAAAACACAAGUGGCGGAUUAUCAGUUCCACUUUGCUGGCAGAAUAUGCCUACAUUUUGCGUGAGCAGGCCCUAGUAUAUACCAUCACAGAUGUGGAAGAGGUGCACACGUGGAUGGUAAAGCAUUUUCAAGAACAUCCCCUUUUUGAGGAAGUGCCAUUAAAAGAAUUGGCAGCUGACCCCAUUGUAAGCCUCCUAGGAACCUCAACUGAGGAAGGGAAGAAGGUUCAGAGGAAUGGAGGCAAGAUCUUCCCAGCUGUCUUCCGCCGUAUCAGGGACAGAGCACAGGAACAGGAAAUGGCAAGAACAUGAUUGGGAAUUUCCUGUGCCCUUGUGGGCAUUCAUAUCUGCAGCGAGGAGACUGUUUGGAGAAAGUGUGGGAUUGGAUGCUUCUGGCUGCCCUAGAGUUGACCUUUCAUAAGUAGAGGUAGACAAUCCUUUCUGGUGAAACAAUCCACUGUUGCAUCAGGGCUUUUUUUGGCUCACAUGGUUGCUUCUUAACUUCGCCCAUAGAAAGAGCUGACUACAUUUUCCUAACCUUUUUGAUGACAAUAUAAAGGUCAGAAGUGCACAGCUGGACCAAGAGUUAAGAAAGGAGUUAAGUCUUGUAAGCCAUAGUUUCAUUUGUCACUUUAUUAUUUUUUUUAAUAAUAAACUUGGAAGGUUUCAUUAAAAUAAAUAAAUUGGUUUGACAGCUUGAGU